ACAACAGCAACACUACACACAAGAUCAACACAUAUCAUAGCGGGAAGAAGGUGUAAAGAAGAAUCGACAACACAAGAGAUUUUUUUUGGUUUAUCUCUUGUGAAGGUUUGUACCCUACCCCCAGCAAACAAGAUUUUUUUGAAUAAAUUACCCAAUAUGUCUACUUUAGAAUCAGUUGUCGCCGAUUUAUUAAGAUAUAUCCAAACAGAUUUAAAAUCAUUUGAUGAGGAUUAUCGCGCUACCCCGGAAAAUUUCCAAUCUCUACCCGCUCUUAAAUUCCAAAAACGGGAAUUAAGUGAAUUAUGGGCUAAAAUUGACCGUAAAUUCACCCAAGUUAGAGAAUCGGCAGAUAUUCUUGACCCGAAGAAGGCUGAAGCAAUAAAUUUAAGUGAAGUCGUUAGACUAGUUAGAUCUUGUAAAGGUUUUAAUAGGUCAAGCAUGAUCUCGCUCGACGAAUCGAUUGAGGAGAUCACGAAAGCAAACGAAACCCGACCAUCAUUACCCGAACCCCCACAACCCAGCAGUUCUGUAGCCUUCAAUGUACCCCCAUGCGAUAUGCCUACAUUUCAUGGAGAUUUUAAAUCUUGGUCUUCUUUCCGGGAUCUUUUUAAGGCCAUUUAUGGUAACAACACACGCUUAAGUGGAGUUGAAAAACUCUUCUAUCUUAAGUAAAAAACAAGCGGCGAAGCCAAAGAAAUCGUUGACAACGCACCCCUAACUAAUGAUGGCUUUCUCAUUGCGUGGACCCAACUCGUCUCUCAAUUUGAAAAUAGACGAAUGCAAAUCAAUGCGCAAUUAAAAACACUUUUUAAUUUACCCACAGUAAGCACCAUGUGCAGUGCAUCUAUAAGAAAGCUUCAGAGAAAGAUUAAUUGUUGUAUUGCUAAUUUAAAUUCAUUAGACAUUGAUACGGAUAAUUGGGAUCCUAUCUUUGUAUAUCUUUGCUUAUCAAAAUUACCCAAAGAAACCCGAAGAGAGUUUGAAAAAACUCUCAAUGAUAGCGCCGAAAUGCCGCCAUGGACGAAUCUUGAUGUGUCAAAAAAGACACAUCAAGGAGUCAAAAAAGACUUACUUAAUACCCUUAUAGCUCAGGAAACUGAGUUUGGCUGGAUUUUAACAGGACCCGUUCAGAAUUCACAAAAUACCCAACCCUUAGUUUCUUACUUCAGUUCAGUCACGCUUGAUAAAGUUUUGACCAAGUUCUGGGAAAUUGAAGAUGUACCCACCCAACCCAAAGUUUCAGAAGAAAGUUCUUUAUGUGAAGAAACUUUCAAGACCACUACCCUUCGAUUACCAAAUGGCCGUUAUCAGGUAAAUUUACCAUUUAUAUACCCUCCUGUUGAGUUAGGAAACUCUAGACACGUUGCUAUGGCUCAAUUUCUACGUAACGAGAAAAGUUUAAUGAAAAAGCCAGAGCUUAAAAUGGAAUAUGAUAACGUGCUACAAGAGUAUAUCGAUUUAGGUCAUAUGAAACCAAUUAAAUAUAACCCAAACACUCCUUCAAACACCCAUUAUUAUUGGCUAUUAGAACCCUACACAAAUUAGCCGAUGACAUUCAAAAUACUCACCCUAUGGCUUCGCAAAUAUUGCGAAACAACAUGUAUGUUGAUGAUGUCUUAGCCGGAGGUCAUACAAUUGAAGAAGCUCAAAAAGCUCAAACCCAAUUGAUCUCGGCUCUAGACUCUGCUGGUUUUCCUUUAAGAAAGUGGAUUUCCAAUACAAAGGAAUUAUUGCACAAAUUACCUGAAGAACCCAAAUCAAAUAAUGCUAAAACGUUAGGAAUCCGAUGGAAUGCUAAAGAAGAUACGUUUUUCUUUAAUGUACCCUUAAUUGAAAGAAAAUCAGCAUACACAAAGCGAACUGUGUUAUCAGACAUUUCUCGCCCUUUUGACCCAGCUGGUUGGUUAGCGCCAAUUGUUAUAUCUGCCAAGAUUAUUAUGCAGCAAAUUUGGCAAGAUAAUACAGCUUGGUAUGAAUGUCUUAACCCACUCACCCUUAUAAAAUGGCAAAAGUUUUUGCAGUUCUACGAUAAUAUUAAUAGAAUUCGUAUUCCAAGAUGGAUUAACUUUUCACCUUCAGCAAAAAUUGAGUUUCAUGGUUUUUCAGAUGCUUCUGAAAAAGCAUACUCUGCAUGUCUGUAUGCACGAGUAACACCCAUAAACGGACCUAAUUCCGUAACCCUACUCUUUGCUAAGACGAGAGUUGCGCCAAUCAAAGAAAACUCGUUACCAAAACUUGAACUUUGUGGUGCAGUGUUGUUGGCAAAUAUGACACAUAAUUUACUCACCCAACUCAACCUACCCUUACAUCAGACGUAUUUCUGGACCGACUCAUCUAUAGUUUUGGCCUGGCUUAGUAAACACCCUAACUCGUGGAACACAUUUGUAGCAAACCGAGUUUCUACAAUAAUCCAGACUGUCGGUGUUGAAAAUUGGAAUCAUGUUGCUUCGCACGAUAAUCCUGCCGAUGUUGCUAGCCGAGGAUGUAAUGCUGAUGAGUUAAAAGAUGACACUUUAUGGUGGAAUGGACCAUCGUGGUUGAAAGAAGUCGCUUCGAAGUGGCCAACAACAAAUAAACACUUCAUUACUCAAGCUGAAGCUAAAGUUAGUCAGUCGUUUGCUACGACAGUUAAUACCCACCCUACCUUAAAUACGAAUACUGAAAACCCAGAUAUAUUAUCAAGAUUUUCGAAAUUGUCAAAAGCUCUAAGAGUAAUGACAUAUGUCUAUCGAUUUUGUGAUCGCGCAUCAUAUACCCGAAGAAAUACAAUUCGAAAUGAUAGAGUUAUUCUUGAUCGAAAUAACCCACAACUAGUCAAUGAUAGACUACGUUUAUUAACUACCCACCCAUGUAUUGAACUUGAUGCGUCAGAGAUCAAAUCUACCCGUGAUAGACUUAUUAUUCUUUGUCAGACAGAAUAUUUCAACAACGAAUAUAACUGUUUGAAGAGAAAAUACCCUGUACCCAACAAAAGUGGCCUGCUUACCCGAAUGCCAUUUUUAGAUUCUGCAAAGAUAAUGCGUGCAUAUGGUAGACUAGCAAAUUCCAACAGUUUGUCAUAUUCCGAAAGACAUCCUAUAUUAGUACUCUAUAAAAGUGCAUUUGUUAAAUUACUAGUACAACACGUCCACCUGGUAACCCUGCAUGGUGGAAAUCAAGUUAUGUUGAGAAUAAUCCGAUCAGGAUAUUGGAUUCCCAAACUUAAGAAUCUGAUUAGUAGUGUUAUUAAAAAAUGCUCUCCCUGCAUAAGAUAUAGGAAUAGACAGGCAACCCAAUUUAUGGCGGCGUUGCCACCAGAAAGAACCCAAAUAGAUAAAGCUUUUAUAAAUGUUGACGUUGAUUUUGCAGGACCAUUUGACGUCAAAGCAUAAAGUGGCAGAACUUGUAAAAUAACGAAAGGUUACGUUUGUGUUUUUGUUUGCUUUGCAACAAAGGCCAUCCACUUGGAGCCAACAUCUGAUUUGUCUACCCAAGCCUUUAUGGCAGCCUUCGCUCGAUUUUUUUCGAGGCGGGGAUGCCCUGUCGCCAUUUACUCUGACAAUGGAACAAAUUUCAUAGGUGCUAGCAAGUUAUUGAAAAAGGAGCGACAGGAAUUUAUUAAACAGCUAAAAGGAUCUGUUACGUCCACUAGCAGUUUUCAGAAUUUGACGUGGCAUUUUAUACCCCCAGGUGCACCACACAUGGGCGGUUUAUGGGAGGCAGGAGUUAAAAGCUUUAAAGCUCAUUUAAAGAAAAUAAAUACCCUAAAAUAUACAUUUGAAGAGCUAGCUACACUCCUUGCCAGAAUAGAAGGAUGCCUAAACUCGAGACCCUUAAGCCCGUCAAGUGAAAACCCUCAGGAUCUUAACCCGU